AUGGCAGAGGGAGACUUUUACACGAUGGGAAACCGGCAGCGGUUUCCGAGAGACCCGUUCGGGGAAUCCGCUUUCCGGGACCAGUCCCCGUUCCGGGACCAGCUCGGGUCCCGGUUCAUGGAGGACGAGUUCGGGAUGCCGCCUUUCCCCGACGACCUGGGCAUGGACUGGCCCGGUUGGGCGCGCCCCGGUCGGCUGAGCGCGCGCAUGAGCCCGUCGCCCUUCGCGAGCGGUUUACGCGCCGGUUUCCCCGCGCGCGCGCAGUCCUCCGCCGGAGGCCCCGUUUACACCAGCCGGUACGGGGAGCUAAACCCCUCCCGGAACUCCCCGGUCACCACCGGGGGGGAGCCCUGGAAAGUGUGCGUGAACGUGCACAGCUUCAAACCCGAGGAGCUGCACGAUUCCCACGGAUGUGGACCCCCUGACGGUCUUCGCCUCCCUGUCCCCCGAGGGCGUCCUCAUCAUCGAGGCGCGGCAAACUCCUCCUUAUUACCUGAAAAGCUAUAUUAA